AUUUCUGGUAUGAACGCACAAAGCCCUGUCCAUCAAUAAUUAUAAAAAACAUUAGAUGUAGUUCAAAGAGGAUUUGAAGAAAUAGUCUAAAAUAUUCCAAAAUAAUAUCAUGAGCAAUGUAUGAGUUAAAAUGCAAAAAAUGUAGAGAAAUAUGCAUAAUGUAUAAUAAUCUGAUUAUUUUCAAAGGUAUGUAUAAGAAAAGCAAAGUUGUUGAUAAAUAAAUGAAAGCUUUUGAUUUUAAGAUGCUCUUUAUGGGGAUUACAUUUGAUCAAUGCAUCAAGACAAAUUAAGAAGAUUAAUGUAUCUAAAAUGCAAAAACAACUGUGGAAGGGUUUAUCAGUGAUUUUUAAAAGAUUGUUAAAUGA